UCUGCGUUCGACAUAUCUAUGUCAAUUUCAGUAAGCGAUGGCCAGGAGCCUAUUAUAGGAAGCUAGUUUUUGAUUGUGCAAAGGCCGCUACAAUGCAAGUGUUUCAUGCAGAAAUGGAUAAAAUCAAAGGACUCGAUGAAGCAGCAUGGAAGUACUUGAAUGAUAUUCCUCCGUAUUUAUGGACAAGGGCUGCAUUCUCAACAUAUUCCAAGAAUGAUACCAUAGUCAAUAACAUGUCUGAAAGCUUCAAUUCCAAGAUACUACCAGUAAGGGAUAGACCAAUCAUCACAAUGCUUGAAGAGUUAAGAGGAGAGGCAAUGGAAAGACAUGUUAAGCUGAGGACACAGAUGGAGAGAAAACAUGGUAGGCUGGUCCCAGAGGUACAUGACAGAUUGGACAAAGAGUUCAUUAAAAGCAGAUCAUGGACAGCAAAAUGGAUAAGGGACAAUCAAAAGGCUAUUUUCCAGGUGACUAAAAAGCCAUACCAAUAUGUUGUCAAUGUAGAUGAAGCAUCUUGCACUUGUAGGGGGUGGGACCUCUCUGGAAUUCCUUGCACACAUGCAGUUGCUGCGAUUUGUUGGCUUCAUAGGGAUCCAGCAGAAUUUGUGCAUCAAGCAUACACAAAGAAGACUUAUUUAAAGGUAUAUGAGCACAAUGUGCAGCCUACAAAUGGUGAGAACUUGUGGGUUGCUGUUGGAGGUGAUGCCAUAGAAGCUCCCCCAAUGAAGAAAGUUGUUGGAGGACCAACUAAAAAACGAAGAAGGGAGCAUGAUGAGGCAGCAUCAAGGAGUAGGCUGAGAAGAAGGUAUCCAAAAAUUAGGUGCACAAAAUGUGGUGGAGAGGGACACAAUAGAAGGGGUUGCAAAAAUCCACCAAUGCCUGAGGUAAAGAAUCUAUCAUUAUACUAUUAACUGUCUAUUGGAUAAUAAUAUAACUCUAAUUAUUU